AUGUUCGUUCCAUUCAUCGGCCUCUUCGUCACCUUGACAUUUCUCGGUGUUCGUCUCAAAGUACCGGGAAUGAAGGAGCUCACUGACCGCCGCGAGCCACUCUUCAUGCGCAUAUCAAGCGCCGUAUGCAUCGCGUCAGAAGCAAAUACAAUCCUGGACAUUGCGCAAGUCGCUACAUGGGUAUACAAGACAGCAACUCACACCAAAGGUCCUGUGCCCUACAACUGGGACAGUCUCUGGUGCCCCAUUAGUCGAGAGGACUUGGUUCCCGAGAGGGGACUCAUAGUGGUCAACAACACGGAGACCUCGCUCAUCGCUCUUUAUCCCGUUUGCUACGAGGAAGACAAACCCAUCUGGUGGAACGAUGCUCACGUCGACCGGAAUGCUGGCGACAAUGCCACAACGACACUACCUUCUUUCAAAGAGUUCUUAGACAUUUUUGUCGCCAUUUCUUGUAUAUCAUUGCACAGUUGGACUCGCAUAUCCUCGUGGGGACGCUCUGCAAAAGCUACGCGACCCGGAACGCCCUCCAAGGCAUCUGAGGGCAGUAAUGAGGAUACGUCGACCUGUAUUCAGAUCCAUCCUAAAGUGCAGAAAGCGAUCUUCCGCAACCAACGCAGCCGAGCAUUCGGAGAGACUCCAGAAGUCGGCCUUGUCAGCGCUGACAACAACAUUGCACAACCUGUUCCAGAAACAUGCUACUUCCCGGGGCGACAAUGGGCUCUGGAUCUUUACCGACCUCAGAACCGUGCCUUGGCUCUGAUAAUCCGUGCUUUAGUCGCCAACCCAGCUGUACAUACCGUUCAACUCGCACCUAGUCAACCAGAACCUCCCGAACCUGCACUGCUCUGGCCUAAAACGGAAGAAAAACCGCCCCAGUCAGGAAAGGAGAGACCGUUGGAUGCGGAAGCGUCAAAGGAGAUGGGAAUCAAGCGAAAGUGA